AUGCGCGCUAACAUACGCAGCUGUGCCACUGGUAUCUUCCGGCAAAAAAGACACCAGCAAACUCUACCGGCCGAAGAAGAGCAAGGAUUGCGAGCACUGAAAUCGGACCACAGUAUUGUUGUUGUUCCUGCCGACAAAGGUGGCGCUACCGUCAUCAUGGACAAAACUGACUACGUCAACAAGGCGAAUAUAAUCUUCAGUGACACGGAUUCUUACACCAUUCUCACUGAAGGCCCAACGAAAAAGCAAACCGCAGCCAUCAAGAAAAAGGUUAAUGAGCUUGCUCGUCUGAAAGUCAUAGGUCCAGAUGACUCAAAGUUUAUGACCCUCCGUGAUUCCCAUGUCGCACACGCGUACGGUCUCCCAAAGGUUCACAAAAUUGGUGCCCCACUGAGGAUUAUAGUAACGCUCAUCGGAUCCCCUACCUACAAUUUAGCCAAGUGGCUGUACAAGCAUCUGAAGCCGCUAACUCACGGAUCUCGCUACAGCAUUAACAGCUCCCACGAAUUCAUCAACCGGAUCGACGGCCUCAAUGUAAGCACUGAUGAAUGCUUCUUGUCUUUUGACGUCGUUGCCUUAUUUUCUUCUAUACCGCACGACUUGACAAUUGACUGCAUAGCCCAACGGCUACAGGACAACACUGUUGGUAUCCCAGCGCACCACGUUAUAGAACUGCUCCAACUGUGCCUUAGGAACUAUUGUAAGUUCGACAAUAAGUACUAUCAACAGGUGAAGGAAGUCCAAUGGGCUCCCCAAUAUCCGGUCUACUCGCCGAACUAGUGCUACAGCGACUAGAACAUGAGGUUUUUCAAACUCUCAAUUCCAAAAUGUGGCUUCGCUAUGUAGACGACACCUUUGUCGUAAUAAAGUACCGCGAGGUCGAAAGGCUACAUCAGAGGCUGCAUGAAGUUUUCCCGGCCAUACAAUUUACCCGCGAAGAGGCAGUAGGAGACAGUCUGUCGUUUCUGGACGUGAAAAUACAAAGGCUGGAUGACGGUAACUUCGCAACCAGCGUCCAUAGAAAAGGGUCUGAUUCUGAGAUCAUCCUCAAUUAUGGAAGCGAUCACCCUGCGGCUCAUAAAAGAAGCUGCGUCCGAACCCUCUUCCACCGGGCCUACCGGUAUUGCAGCAAUGACGAUCUAAUGCAGAAAGAACUAGGCUUUCUAGAUCGGCUAUUUCGAUCUACCGGAUACUCAGACAGUUUCGUGAAGAACUGCCUCAGACGUCAGGCACAACCUCGACUACCCCGCUCAGAUGGAGAAACCGUAACCCGGAAAUUCUUCUCACUGCCCUAUAUGCAGGGGAGUUUAGAAAUGAUCGCCCGUCAGUUAAGUCAGUUCAGUAUUCGCGUUUCCCACAAGCCUUAAUCCUCCCUGCGCACAGUCUUAAAUCGAGUAAAGGAUUCUAUAACCAAAGAGGAACAGAAUAACGCCAUCUACCGCAUCCCGUGUGCCAAAUGUCCCUGCGUAUAUGUUGGUCAUACAGGACGACGUCUGGGAACUCGUAUUAAUGAACACAAACUAAUAGAAGCGACAAGACGAGUCCCAGGAAGCAGUCUUGAAGAAGAAGACACGAUCACCGGGACAAGAGCUUUAUUAGCCUGACGUUUCGGAUUCCUGCUCGAAUCCAUCAUCAGAGACAUAAGCAGAUAAGGGUGGUUCAUGCACAUGUGGCUGCAGUAUUUAUAGGAUGCCGUAGCCAUGCCACCGCAUACCUAUGAAUGUUCACGGCUCCCUCCCCUUCAUCAGGGAUCGUUGCACGCAGCAUGAUGACCGAUAUUCGCGUCGUUAAUUGCUGCAAUUUCAUCACGUGCGUUGGAUGUUGGUGUGAUGAUUGCUCGACCAUCUGACGCGCUGACCCGGGUGUUGGGAAGAGUGUUCAUCAGGGCGCUCCUCGCGUGGCCAAUUUCUCCGCCUAGACGAAGUCUCAGCACGCUGUAUUGAAUGGGAAGAUUAUUGCACUUGUUAAUAGACCGGGGGCCAGUGAACCAUGACUCAAGCAGCUCCCGGCUCACGCGGUUGUCACCUCUUGCGAGAAUUUCGGCCUCGUCAAAUUUGAAUGUGUGGCCGGAACCCGUCGAAUGAGCCGCAACUUGAGAGCUGGCGUCAUUUCUCCGCACUGCUGCAGCGUGUUCGGCCAUUCGCGUUCGGAGCUGUCUUCCGGUUUCUCCGACGUAGUUGCUUUGUCCGCAACUGCACCAGAUCCGAUAAACGACUCCAGACGUUUCUUGGCGUAGCAGUGGGUCUUUUGGUUUCAUCAGUUGACGCCUGAUGGUUGCCUCUGGCCUGUGUGCAACUCCAACCCCCAGCGGUGCGAGAAGGCGCUUAGAGAACUCAAGGCCGACAAAGACUUGGUCAUCGUGCCAGCGGACAAGGGGCGCUCCACGGUUGUGCUGGACAGGACAGACUAUCUUCAAAAAGCCAAAGGUUUGCUGGAGGACCGACAGUUCUAUGUCCCAUGUGCAACGAACCCUGUAAAAGCGCUGACACGCGAAAUCAAUGCUACGUUGUUGGCCUUGGAGAACUCAGGUGCAAUAACACCGACCGACAGACGCAUGGCGAGACCCCAAGAUACGGCUUUGGCCCGAUUCUAUGGCCUCCCUAAGGUGCACAAAGACGGCGCUCCUCUCCGACCCAUCGUGUCGCUCAAAGGUACUCCAACGUACGGACUGACUAAGUGGCUGUUCCGGCGUCUCAAGUUCCUGACCGCUGAGUCAGACACCACGGUCUCUUCGUCAGCAGAAUUCCUGGAGAAACCUAAAGGGGUAAGCCUCCAUCCAAAUGAGGUCAUGGUAUCUUUUGAUGUUACAUCCAUUUUUACUUCUAUUCCCCAGGACCUGGCGAUCGAGACAAUCGAGCUGCUUCUGCAAAGCAAAUACGAUGAAACGGAGAAUCGUCUUGGACGCGCCCAAGUCCUUCAGCUCCUGAAGUUCUGUCUCAGGACGUACUUCACGUUCGACGGGACAAUCUACGAACAGGUGAAGGGCACACCAAUGGGUUCGCCGAUUUCGGGAUUCAUCGCCGGGGCGGUCCUGCAACGGUUAGAGUCGCUGGUCUUCCAACACCACAAACCGACGUUCUGGGCCCGGUAUGUGGAUGAUACCUUCGUCGUUAUCGAUCGGGAUCAACUGAUGACAUUCAAGGAACGUCUGAAUGCGGUCUUCCCGGACAUACAUUUUACGAUGGAGGAGGAAGAGAACAACCAGCUGGCCUUCCUGAAUGUCCUCGUAUGCCGCAAGGAUUGUGGUGGACUAAAGACCAGAGUGUUCAGGAAAGUGACAAAUACGAAGCAAGUACUGAACUUCAACAGCAACCACCCAAUCAGUCACAAAGGCAGUUGUGUAAGGACGCUCUAUCGGCCUGUCGAAAUGCACUGCAGUGAGCCGGAAGACAAGAUUGCCGAAAUACAAUACCUCGGACGGGUAUUCAAAGCCAAUGGCUACCCGAGCAACUUUGUCAACCGGUGCAUACGCAAAAUGGACGAAAGGCCUAACCGCAGGGACACCAAAGUUUGGCGAGCGCUUCCAUAUGUCAAGAACGUUUCGGAAGCUGUUGGCCGCCUUCUCGCACCGCUGGGGGUUGGAGUUGCACACAGGCCAGAGGCAACCAUCAGGCGUCAACUGAUGAAACCAAAAGACCCACUGCUACGCCAAGAAACGUCUGGAGUCGUUUAUCGGAUCUGGUGCAGUUGCGGACAAAGCAACUACGUCGGAGAAACCGGAAGACAGCUCCGAACGCGAAUGGCCGAACACGCUGCAGCAGUGCGGAGAAAUGACGCCAGCUCUCAAGUUGCGGCUCAUUCGACGGGUUCCGGCCACACAUUCAAAUUUGACGAGGCCGAAAUUCUCGCAAGAGGUGACAACCGCGUGAGCCGGGAGCUGCUUGAGUCAUGGUUCACUGGCCCCCGGUCUAUUAACAAGUGCAAUAAUCUUCCCAUUCAAUACAGCGUGCUGAGACUUCGUCUAGGCGGAGAAAUUGGCCACGCGAGGAGCGCCCUGAUGAACACUCUUCCCAACACCCGGGUCAGCGCGUCAGAUGGUCGAGCAAUCAUCACACCAACAUCCAACGCACGUGAUGAAAUUGCAGCAAUUAACGACGCGAAUAUCGGUCAUCAUGCUACGUGCAACGAUCCCUGA